UCGCAGGACGCUUGCGUUGAGCAGAGGUUCCUCGCUGCUUGGUUGCUCUUGUAAUUGUGUAAAUUUGGCCAAUGGCUUUCUAUAAUAGCAAGCGGGCAUACGACUAAUGGGAACGUGGAUUAAAUCUACAAUUAGGGACAAUAAUUCAACAGGGAAUAUGUGUAUGUGAGAUGAUAAAAUAUUCUAUAAGUAACGGUCCCUUGACUGCUCGCUCUCUGUCAACGUAGGCUAGCGCUUACUUAGCAUCGAAACUAUCCGACAUUACAGUAGCUGCGCAUUAUCAUUGUAGCUCGAGCUAUCCGGCUAGCUAGCUAGAUGGCUGAUGCUAAACUAUAGCAAGUCAAACAACCAACGGAUAAAUAAAUGCUGUAGACCAUAAUGGAUAAGUAUCAUGUAUUAAGAUAUUUAGAUAAUCAUUAUUCGUAAUUUAAAUCUGCAUUUAAGCUGAACAGCGACGUUAUUUGAAAAGGUGUGUGGGUGAAACGUUAGCCCGCGCUUGCUAGAUAGUGCUAGGCAAAUCCUUCACCAUAACGUAGUGUACAUAUCAGGAAGGCAAAAAGGCUCGGCUUCUUUUGCCAGUUAGCUAGGACACAGCAAGUCGAAUAGGUGGAUAAACCCAAAGGAAAGCGGCGAGCACUGAUGUAGCAGCGUCACCACAGUUUGGUCUGCCUCUCCCCCCCCUACCCACUACCUCCGCACCCAGCCCCCUCCUCGAUGUGAGACCGGCAUCUGUCUGGAUCGGUACGCAGAGAGCAGAGGAGACACCGUUGAGACCUCGCUGCUGCAAGGCACUGACUUCGGACCCCGGACCGCCCAGGAGGUCUGAGCCCCGCACAAGGAAGGGAGGCGCUCCUUCAGCCUCCCAUCCAGGUCCUCCACCUGUCCUCUCUUACCAGGCGGAGGAGGGAAAGGAGGCCUUCCAUUUUUCUCUGCGGUUGUCGUUGUUUUUCUUGUCAUAUUCAAUUACAUUUUUUUCCCUGGAAAACUUCUACAACCCACAGCCCAGCAUUGGUGGUGCCAGUUUUGGGAGGAUACCAUAGCGUUCCUCAACUCUAUCCAGGCUUUUCACACAAAACCCAAUCUUUUAUUUUCUCUGACGAUUUUGAAGCCCGGUUCCGCCGGCAGCACGACUCUCAAACCUGGGGCGCGAUUCAUGGGAUGCAACCAUGUCGGGUCUCAGUGAGCGCAGGCCGGUCAACACGGACUACGCUGUCUCCCUGCUGGAGCAGCUCAAGUUCUUCUAUGAACAGAAUUUACUGACUGACGUGGUGCUACUGGUGGAGGACACCGAGUUCCCCUGUCACAAGAUGGUCCUGGCCACAUGUAGCUCCUAUUUCAGGGCCAUGUUCAUGAGCGGCCUGAGCGAGAGCAAGCAGACGCACGUCCACAUGAGGAACAUGGACCCAGCCACGCUGCAGAUCAUCAUCACCUACGCCUACACCGGCAACCUGGCCAUCAGCGACAGCACAGUGGAGCCCCUCUACGAGACCGCCUGCUUCCUGCAGGUGGAGGACGUCCUGCUGCAGUGCCGCGACUACCUGGUGAAGAAGAUCAACGCGGAGAACUGCGUGCGCAUGCUGAGCAUCGGCGACCUGUUCAGCUGCAGCGAGCUGAAGCAGAGCGCCAAGCGCAUGGUGGAGCAGAAGUUCCCCGUGGUGUACCGCCAGGAGGCCUUCCUGCAGCUGUCCCACGAGCUGCUGGUGGACGUGCUGAGCAGCGACAACCUCAACGUGGAGAAGGAGGAGACGGUGCGCGAGGCGGCCAUGCUGUGGCUGGAGUACAACACGGAGGCCCGCUCGCAGCACCUGUCCUCCGUGCUCAGCCAGAUCCGCAUCGACGCCCUGUCGGAGGUGGCGCAGCGCGCCUGGUUCAAAGGCCUGCCGCCCAACGACCAGUCGGUGGUGGUCCAGGGCCUCUACAAGUCCAUGCCCAAGUUCUUCAAGCCGCGCCUGGGCAUGACCAAGGAGGAGAUGCUGAUCUUCAUGGAGGCCACGGCCGAGACGGCGGGCGACAGCGUCCACGUGAUGGGCGGACCGGGCCACACGGUGGUCUGCUACAGCCCGCAGGCCGAGAAGGUGUACAAGCUGAGCAACCCCCCCGGGGACCUGCAGAAGGUGGGCACACUGGUCACCCCGGACAACGACGUGUUCAUCGCCGGCGGGCAGAUCCCGCUCAAGAACUCCAUCUCCAACCACGGCAAGGGCGGCAAGCUGCAGGCCGUCUUCCGCUCGGUGGACACCUUCUUCUGGUUCGACGCCCAGCAGAACGCCUGGGUGGCCAAGACGCCCAUGGUGUGCGCCCGCAUCAAGCCCUCGCUGGUGUACUGCGAGGGCCACAUCUACGCCAUCGGCGGCGACAACGUGGGCGGCGAGCUGAGCAAGCGCACGGCCGAGCGCUACGACUGCGAGAAAGACGAGUGGAGCAUGGUGAGCCCGCUGCCCUGCGCCUGGAACUGGAACACGUGCGUGGCGGCCCACGACUGCAUCUACGUGAUGACGCACGACCUCAUGUACUGCUACUUCCCCCGCGCCGACGCCUGGGUGGAGAUGGCCAUGCGCAAGACCAGCCGGUGCUUCGCCUCGGCCGCCGCCUUCGGCGACCUCAUCUUCUACAUCGGCGGCCUGCACGUGGUCAGCAACUCGGGCGUCCGCCUGCCCACUAGCACCAUCGACGGCUCCUCCGUCACCGUGGAGAUCUACGACAUCGGCAAGAACGAGUGGCGUCUGGCUGCCAACAUUCCCGCCAAGCGCUACUCGGACCCGUGCGUGCGCGCAGUGGUGCUGCUCGACUCGCUGUGCAUCUUCAUGCGCGAGACGCACAUGAACGAGCGGGCCAAGUACGCUAUCUACCAGUACGACCUGGAGCUGGACCGCUGGUACCUGCGGCAGCCCGUGUCGGAGCGCGUGCUCUGGGACCUGGGCAAGGACUUCCGCUGUGCCGUGGGGAAGCUGUACCCCUCCUGUCUGGAGGAGUCCCCCUGGAAGCCCCCCACCUACCUCUUCUCCCCAGAUGGAGCCGAGGAAUUCGAGGUGGACGGGGAGAUGGUCUCCCUCCCCCACGUAUAGCUGUAACCCCACACACACACACACACACACACACACUCAUGGGCAUACACCUGCUCCCUGGAACUGAGCUGGAUCUGCAGUGUGGAGGUAUGGACCUGAAGGGUUGUGUGCAACAGAGAACAAUAAGGGUUUGAUGUGAUUAUCUGUGUUCCAUAGGGACCUGAGGACCAGGUUCCAUACAAAUGCUUUCAUUCAACUGAAUUAACAGGCUGUUUCUGACAAACCCCCUGCAUCUAGCCAAGCUUGGACAGAACAGAUGCCCCCUUCAAAUACUAGUAAUCUGAAGAGA